AUGUGGGCGCUGUGGCUGUGGCUGGGCGCCUUGCUGCGGCCGUCGGGGGGCGGCCCGGCGGGCUCCCCGUGCGAGCCGGUGCGCAUCCCCCUGUGCCGCCGCAUGCCCUGGAACCUGACGCGCAUGCCCAACCACCUGCACCACGGCACGCAGGACAACGCGGCGCUGGCCGUGGAGCAGUACCACGAGCUGGUGGCGGCCGCCUGCAGCCCCGUGCUCCGCUUCUUCCUGUGCGCCAUGCACGCGCCCCUCUGCGCCCCCGAGGUGCUGCGCGAGCCCGUGCAGCCCUGCCGCUCGCUCUGCCAGCGCGCCCGCGACGGCUGCCUGCCCCUCCUGCGCCGCUACAACCACUCCUGGCCCCACGCCCUGGCCUGCGACCACCUGCCCCAGUACGAGCGCGCCGUCUGCAUCGCCCCCGAGGCCGUCGUCACCGACCUGCCCCAAGAAGACGUGAAGUGGAUUGACUUAGCGGAUGACGUGAUGGUUCAGGAGAGACCUCCGCCUGAGGAGUGUAAGCAGUUCAGCCCCGGUCAAUGCAAAUGUAGGAAGAUCAAGCCAACGCUGGCCACGUACCUCGCCAAAAACUACAGCUACGUUCUCCGUGCAAAAGCCAAGAGCCUGGAGAGAGGCAGCUGUAAUGAAAUAGUCACAACUGUCGAAGUGAACGAAGUCUUAAAAUCAUCAACUCCAAUUCCCCACUCCCAAGUCCAUCUGUAUGCCAAUUCGUCCUGCCGAUGCCCACCUCUUGCACCAAAUCAAGAUGUCCUCAUUAUGUGCUAUGAAUGGCGCUCAAGGUUGAUGCUUCUGGAUGGGUGCUCAGUUGAAAAAUGGAAGGACCCCUUGAGCAAAAGAUUCAAGAGGUGGGAGCAGCGACUCCAAGAACUCAAGUUGCAAGCAGCCCCUAACAAAAAACAAAAUGCAAGAACCUUCAGUCGCAGCGGGGCACCAAAGCAAAACCCAAAGAAUACCAACCCAGUGCCUGGCGGCCCUAAGAAGACCAAUCAACCAAGACGUGACCAGAAAGAAGUCAACACCAAAAAUAUAUGA